UUUGUUAAGUGAUAUAUAAACAAUACACUUUUGUUAUUAUAGAACGUAGCGUGUUUGGUGUUGUAAUAAUCACUACAGGAAACACGAAUGGUUUUUGCUUGAUCGACCAAGUGAAUCGUAAGGUACUUUGAAAGUUUCAAAAGUCAGCUGACUAAUGAUAAUACAAUGUAUAAUGUGGCUUGAGGUUAAGACAUGAACUGCAGACGAUUUUAUCACCAGUCAUCUGGCAGCUGAUCGCAGUCACAGGACUGCUGCAGUUCUGGAAGAAUGGCAUCAGGUUCUUCAUCGCUGGACAGUAAUGGCAGCAAUGGGACCCUGUCUCACGGCUGCGCGGUGUCCAGCAGCGACCGGAGUCUGUCAUCCGGGUCGGCGCGCGACUACGACGGCCUGAAGCAGCAGUGCGACAAGGCCAUGCACGAAGUGCAGCUACUGCGCAGCAGGCAGCACAGCGAGUCGGUGCGACGCUGCGACCACACCAUGAAGGAGCUGGAGUACUACCGGGGCCAGCACCGCGCCGCCAUGAACCAGCUGGAGGCGGCCGCCCAGGAGUCGUCCGCUCUGCGGGCCAAGUACGCCGACCUGGCCGUCGAGAGGCAGCGUCUGGACCGCGAGGUGCACAGCCUGUCCGACUGCCGCUGCCAGGCGCAGGAGGCGGGCGGGAGCGAGGGGUCCGGGCCGGACGCCAUGAACCAGCACUACAUGAACGCACUGCGCAAGUACGACGCCAUCAAGGAGGAGUACGACACGCUGAGGAAGCGCUACGACGACAUCAUCACCUCCCACACGUCGGCAGUCAACAAGCUGGAGCUGUCCCAGGAGGAAGUGAGUCGUCUGAAGAAGCAGUGCGAGGAAGUAGCGCAGGAGCGCAACGUGGCUAUCCGGGAGCGCAAUGGCCUGAAGCAGCAGUGCACGUCUGCCAUCCGGCAGUGGGACAUUGCCCUGCGCGAGCGCAACGAGUACCGCGAGGCCCUGGUGAAGGUGCAGCAGCAGCACGAGGAGGCGGUGAAGGAGAUCAACCAGGCCAUGGCGGUGCGCAUGAAGGCCAGCAAGGACCUGAAGCGCCUCACGGAGGAGCGCAACGCGGCCAUGCAGGAGUACUCCCUCAUCAUGAGCGAGCGAGACACCGUGCACAAGGAGAUGGAGAAGCUGUCCGACGACCUCACCCAGGCCUUCAAGAAGAACAAGGCGCUCGAGUCGGAGAACAAGGACUUCCAGGAGGAGAGGAAGACGCUGUCGUACCAGAUAGAGACGCUGAAGCGAGAGAUCGCGUCGGCGCUGCACGACCGCGACAAGGCCCUGAAGGAGUGCAACGACCUGCGCGAGCGGUUCGGCGAGUACACCGCCAAGGAGGAGUCGAGCCGCGACGGCUACAAGAGCCGCCUCGAGUACAACCACAGCAGCCGCGAGAGGGACAGCCUGCACGAGAGCCAGGCGGAGGCCUCCAAGAGCACGCGCGACAUGUACGGCAAGUCCCAGAAGGAGCGCAUGGACAACCUGGACCAGGCCAACCAGGAGAUCGACCGGCUGCGCAAGCAGAUGGACAAGCUUCAGGUGGAGCUGCAAGAGGCGAUCCAGGAGGCGGAGGUGUCGAAGCGACGCAGGGACUGGGCCUUCAGCGAGCGCGACAAGAUCGUGCUGGAGCGGGAGAGCAUCAGGACUCUGUGCGACCGGCUGCGCAAGGAGCGCGACCGUGCCGUCUCCGACCUGGCCGAGGCCCUGCGCGACUCGGACGACAUCAAGAAGCAGCGCAACGAGGCGUCCAAGGAGCUCAAGGACCUCAAGGAGAAGAUGGAGGCGGAGCAGGAGAAGGAGACGCGCAUGCAGCAGUUCCGAGCGGACGGCCACAACCACAGCCACGACUCGGCCAUCGACGCAGACCUGCAGGAGUGGGAGACCGAGAUCCUUGACAUCGACCUGAGCGGCCUGGCGUCGGACGACGACCUGGGCUUCAGCCUGGUGGGGGGCCGCGACGACCCGCAGUGCCCCAACGACAGUGCCAUCUACGUCUCCUCCGUCUCCAAGGGCAGCGUGGCCGACGGCAAGCUCAAGGUGCACGACUGCAUCAGCCGCGUCAACAACCUGGACUGCAGCAACGUGAGCAAGCGCAUGGUGCUGGAGACGGUGCGGUCCAGCAGCGGGCGGGCCAGCAUGGUGGUGCGGCGACGCAGGAUGGCCGGGCGCUGCCUCUACACCACCCAGCUGCACCUGAGCAUCAGUGAGCACGGCCUCACGCUGGAGACCGGCAUCUACAUCUGCAAGAUCGCCCCCGGCUCGCUGGCGGCCAAGGAGGGCAACCUGGCCGUCGGAGACCGGGUCAUCAGCGUGAACAACAGGACCAUGGACGGCCUGAAGGACGCGCGCGACGCGAUGGCCGUGCUCAACGAGCCGGCGGACGUGCUCACCAUCACGACCCUGAAGACCCUGUCGUCGCCGACCGGCUCCACCUCCAGCGGGGACGACGAGCGGGGCUGCUUCAGGCGCGGCCUGCCCCGCAUGGUGAACCGCAGCUCGCAGACGGAGGACCAGCGCCCCAGGUACGAGGACUACGCGGCGGAGCGCAAGUACGCGCCCGCCAAGCCGGGGCCGGAGAAGAGCGCCGGCCCAGGCGCCUGGGAGAUGAUCCGCGAGAAGAUAGACUUCGUGCGGCACCGCAAGGAGCGCAACCGGGAGGCGUGCGAGGAGAAGAAGGAGCCCACGACGUUCGAGCAGGAGCGGGACGCCAUCGCGGAGCUGGACCUGGUGAUAGAGAGCGCGGCGGAGCACCGCAGGGUGGGGGCCAAGCGCAGUCGGCGGCGGGCGGGCAAGGACGGGGGCACGUGGCCCAAGACGCGCAACGGGCCGGUGCUGGAGCACGCCACCGGGACCGUGCUGCACCCCGCGAGGCACAAGGAACGGCUGCCUCUCUCCGUGCUGCUGGGCGACCCCUCCAAGUACCCCGCGGAGGUGAGCCACUGCUGCUCCGAGCGGCAGCCCGUGCGGCUGGUGAGCAUCACCCACGACCGCUCGUCGUCCUGCGGCAACGCCGGCCAGCUGUCCUUCUCCUCCGCCCCCUUCCAGGACUCCUGCGACAAGAAGGAGCGGGACCGCCUCAGCGCGCUGCUGCCCUCCGACGCCAGCAUCGACUUCUCCGUCAAGUCCGGCGGCGGCAAGGAGGUGAUGGAGUACUACGUGAAGAAGAAGGGCAGCAAGUACCCGACCAGCGACAGCGAGAACAACAUGGACUCGUUGGCGUCCUCGGGCCACUCCCACGGCCGGGCACACUCGCAGCUGUAUGUGCCUCCCGUGCGCUCCCUCCCGCACUACCCCUUCACCCCGUUCCCCCUGGCCCACCCGCACCCCCACGCUCAUCCCCCGGCCCCGCGCUACCCCUCCCCCACCCUGCUGCCGUCGUCCCCCAGCGGGGAGUCCCUGGACACCAGCGACUCGCGCUUCAACUGCUUCGAGCCGUACAGCCCCUUCUCGCAGAACUCCCACCACAGCCACUCUCCGUCCGCUGACAUGCACUACCACAGCAAGCGCCCCAUGCUGUCUGCGCACUCCCACCCGGGCUACCGCGGCCACGAGGAGAUCUCCAUCGGCUACCACGGCUACGAGGGUGGCACGUUCCCCCGCAAGAAGGAGAACCCAAGGAUAAGGAUCCCGUCGAACCCGAGCGUGACGAGCAAGAGCAGCGCCGGCAAGGUGUCCACGGGCAGCAUGGAGCGGGCCUCGGAGCGCGGCAGUCCCAUGCCCACCUUCCACGUGGAGGUGCUGAGCACGGGCCACCGCGACGCCAAGCAGCGCAACUCCCUGCCCCCGGACUACUGCUUCGCCCAGAAGUACGUGCCCUGCGUGCCGUGUUACAGGCCGCUGCCCGGGGAGCUGCGCCGCGUGCACAUCGACAAGUCCGUGGAGCCCCUGGGGAUACGCAUCACGUGCGUGAAGAAGGGCGGCGUGUUCGUGUCGACCGUGGCGGACCACAGCCUGGCCUCGCAGGUCGGCCUGCAGGUGGGAGACCAGCUGCUGGAGGUGUGUGGCAUCAACAUGCGCAGCGCGACCUACCAGCUGGCCGCUAACGUGCUGCGGCAGUGCGGCAACUCCAUCACCAUGCUGGUGCAGUACAGCCCCGACAAGUACAACGACAAGGACGCCAGCUCGAGCGGGGACGAGGGAGCGGGCUCGCGGUCGGACUCGCCCACGCCCUGCAACUCCCCGCUGGCCCCCCACAAGCCCGCGCCCCUGCGCACGGACGAGCUGCGCGGCCUGCCCCAGUCCGCGCGCAGCACGCUCACGCGCAGCCAGGUCGCCCAGGCCGUGUCCACGCUCACCCGCCAGAACGCCACCGCCAGCAGUCCGGACGACCCCGGCAAGUCGCCGCUGCACGAGCCGCGCUACUUGUUCAUGGAGACGCGCAAGUGCAGCAGCCUGGGCAUCAGCCUGGUGGGGGGCAACGCCGUGGGCAUCUUCGUGCACAGCGUGCAGCCGGACUCGGUCGCCUGCGCCUCGGGCCUCAGGACGGGCGACCAGAUCCUGGAGUUCAACCACACGGACCUGCGGCGCGCCACGGCCGAGGAGGCGGCCUACGAGCUGGCCAAGCCGGCCGACAAGGUCACCGUGCUCGCCCACUUCAACCUCCAGAGGUACAACGAGGUGAAGGACAAGCCCGGGGACAGCUUCUUCAUGCGAGCGCAGUUCGACCGCGUGGGCGACCUGGGCGACUCCCUGCAGCUGCGCUUCCGCAAGGACGACGUGCUGUACGUGGACAACACCAUGUUCAACGGCGUGCCGGGCCACUGGCGCGCCUGGCUGGUGGACGAGGACGGCCGCCACACGCAGUGCGGCAUCGUCCCCAGCAAGUACAAGGUGGAGGAGGAGCUGCUGCUGCGACGCAGCCUGGGCGACAUCGAGGCCGACGCGCGGCGCGGCACCACGUCGGCGCGACGCAGCUUCUUCCGGCGCAAGAAGCACCAGCGCAGCUCCUCGCAUGACUCGAAGGAGCUGGCCAGCUUCUCCAACAUCAACCUGGGCUGGUACAGCGACUCGGGCAGCCUCAACGAGGAGGUGGCGCUGUGCUCCUACCAGCGCGUGCAGCGCCUCGACUACCCGGUGUUCCGGCCGGUGCUGAUCGUGGGGCCGCUGGCCGAGUGCGUGAUGGAGAAGCUGACGCAGGACUUCCCCGACAAGUUUGUGCGCUGCACGCCCGAGCCCAUCCCGCACUCCCAGGCCAUGAUGGAGAAGGGCAUGGCGGAGAACAUCGUCGACUACCGCAAGAAGGGCUGCAACUUCGAGUGCACCACCGUCAGCGCAGUCAAGGAGAUCUGCGAGAAGAACUGCCACUGCAUCCUGGACAUCGGCCUGGCGGCGGUGGAGCGGCUGCACCGGCACCAGAUCUACCCCAUCGUGCUGCUCAUCAAGUUCAAGUCGACGAAGCACAUCAAGGAGGUGAAGGACGCCCGCCACCCGGUCGAGAAGGUGUCGGCGAAGGCGGCCAAGGAGAUGUACGAGCACGCGCUCAAGCUGGAGUCGGAGUACAAGCACUACAUAUCAGCCGUGAUCCCGGCCGGCAUGAACGUGGCGUACACGUUCACGCAGAUCAAGGCGGCCGUCGACAAGGAGCAGAACAAGACGCUGUGGGUGCCGUUCAGCGGCAUGUGACGCUCGGCCCCGCCUCUGGCCGCCGCCCACGCUCGCUGGCGGUCCAUUUAGCUGCGCCCCUCGCCGUGCGCGCACCUUGGCAGCCCCGGGGCCCGGGGUGUCGCGACGAGGUCCCGCGGCUGUGCCUGACAGGUCCGAGUCCCCGUGUCUGGCGGUCCCUCUGCAUCACUAGGUGUCGCGCACGGUACUGAACCUACCACAAUUCCUCGAGGUACCACGACGAUCCAAAUCAAAAACAAAACCUGCAUUCAAGACAAAAAUUUUGCUAGUGUCAAAAGAUGAGUUCUCUGCAUGAACUUGUAUUACGUACUUUAUUUACGUGCAUAAUAGUAUAAUACCAAACAUCAUCUGACCAUAUUUUUACCCCAAGAUAAAUGGGUGCUGGUACGAAACAAUGGUGGAAUAAAUUCAAUUUUUUGUACCAUCAUUAUGAUGGCUUUAUGGGCCUAACUACCUUAGACCUGUUAAAUGUAAGUAUUAGUGUUGGGUCAAUUUUGAUUCUGGAAUAGACCGAUUCCACUGAUUUCAGAGUCAUAGUUUUGGAUUCAAAUCUGGGUGAUUUUUCCCUUAUACCAUUAUUUAAAAAAAAAAAAGAUUUAAUUUUUACGCUAGUGAAGAUAGUAAUUUUUGUCCAUAAUGCAAAUAGGCUUAAAGUGGCACGUCCUCCAACAUCAAACAUCACCACUUGCCUGCUUAUUCUUUGCUCGUAAAUUUCAGUCAUGCCGAGGUUUGUGGUGGAGCGUACAACCCUCAAGUGUGUCAAGUUGGUGAUCGUGGCAUGUUCACGCACGUGUGUGUCCGGAGCUCUCGGAGCCAGUGGAGGUCUUAGUUAUGCCCUUUCCUUCUCUCUCCUUACCGGGAUGAUCUUGUGCAGAGAAGCCUUUUUCAAUAUUUGUCGCUCGAAUCUCGAAUACAAGUGUAUGCAAAUGCAAAUUGUCUCAACUGCUUUACUGGAAUACAUGUGGCAGUUGUUGCAUGUUGGUUUUAUACUGUCUCUUUGGCUGUAAUGAAUGAAUUAAUAGUAUUAUUUGUGGUGUGAAUUAAAGAGAAUAAAUAAUUGCACAGCUUUUGUAUGUAAGCAUGACACAAACCGUGGAAAUAGGUACUGUUGGAAAUGGAUGCAUAAAGAGCACGAUUGAAAAUAUGUUUAUUUCUUUGUUGGGUGUUUCAAGGUGAAGUCUUCGAGCACAGUGCUAGAGUGUUCUGGCCUAUCUUUGCACGCAGGACGAAUUUGUGUCCAGACCACUCGUAGCUGGGCUGGUAAUUCCUCCCUUAUCUACGUUCACCAUGGUUGUAAUUAACAUUUUCCCUGUUCAAAAGGUUGUGGAAGGUGCUACGUAUAUAUGUGCACAUUUUUAACACCACUCAAAACACACAUGUAAUGUUCAGUAUUUUAAUUGCGAGUCAGCACUUUCACGUACAGUAGUUUGUGGUUUUGGUGGCACAAGUCAGAAUACGUGGUCGUGGGUGAUGUUUUAACAAGGGUUCAAUACACUGUGUUCAUGUAAAUGUAUUAGGAAUGUAAAUGUGUGAUAGCCAUAGAAGUUGAAAACUACUCUCGUACAAAAAUUAAACACAAUCUAGGAGACACCAUAUAGCACUAGUAGUACCUUGUAACCUCUUCUCAAGUAUUCACAACUAGCACAAGGAAUUGUGUCAUGUUUAAUGUGGAAAAAAAAAGUAUUUUUGUUAUGAUCAUAUAAUGACUUUGCAGACAUAUGUUAAGAUACAUGACAUACAGAUGUCCUAGUUUUAAAGGUCAGCCACUGUUAUUUUUGGAGCUGGGUGCAUAUCUUUGUACGCUAACAAACUGUAGUUGUAGUGUGUAGCAAAAGACUGACUACAUGAAUGAGUGAUAAAUACAUAUAUACUGAAAGUUCUCACACAACGCAAUUUUUGUGGAAUCGUGGUCUACAUUUUUGCAACUGUCAUUUGUAAGCAAUUUUUAAUUAACUCUUUUGAGUGUGAAAUGUAUGUGUUAUACGGUGAUUUUUUUUCUAAGUAUUUUUAUUGUGUCGUAUCAUUGAACGUGAACUGCCUACGGGUGGGAAAUGUCGUGGUUAUCGCGGGUACCAGUUUGGAAGCAGCUGGGGCAGUGUGCUCCGGUGCUGCAAAUCAAAUUAUUCUCAAUGGUCCUUUGGGUGUUAACAAUUGCGAAAACUGAUACAAGUAAUUAGUCCAUUCUGUUAACAAAACCUUUUUUAUUAAAAUCAAAAAAAAUUAUCACCGGAACAUAUUUUGAUUGAUUUUGCAGGAAAUUAAUUGCAUUUUUUUUACUCAGAAUUGUGGCAUACUAUGUAUGGUUUUGUUAGCUCAAUGAAAAAAAAAAGUUUUACAUUCAGUGCUGUAAUUUACUUCAAAAUAUUAAUAAGUGUGGGUUUCAGAUGUCCUUCCAGUCUUCAGCUGAAGUCUGUUGGGUUUUUCUUUCUCAGUGGUUAGUUCACAGCACAAUCACGAGCCUCGCUGCUCUUCCUGUUCCGAGCUGAGCUGGCUUGUAGCGUUGUAACGUCCGACCUGAAGCAACUUCUUGCCACAAUGUUCAGUGAGUUUGUUUGUACGUUGUGUAAAAUAUGCCAUUAUUUCUUUCUGUUAUUUUGUAAACUAUAAUGUACAUAGGCUUUCUUAUGGCUUAAGUUAGUCCAGUGAAUUUCUCUUGCGUGUGUGUCCUUUUUUAUUUUACAUUUUAAGCUGAAUAUCAUUGAAGGGUUAGUUACCAAAAAAUCUAUUUAUUUAUUAAUUGGUAUAUAACUUUAUAUUUCAGUGUUUGUUACUUAUGAAAUUAAAUGUUCUUGUGUUAAGUGUAUUCUGAAAUGCAUAAAUAUUAUUGUUUGAAAAUAAAUUAAUAGUUAAUGAAACAGUUCUGUCCACAAGUAUAAUACUUCAUGCAAUUUGACCUUACAAAACAUAUAGUAUGUAACCAAUUGUAGCAAUAUGCAGUCAGGUAUUAUUACAUAUACAAAUAAAACUGGUUGUACACUUUA